CUAAAUGGUCCCGAGGUUCCUCUUGGUGGAUCGGAUCGGAUCGUGAAGACGGGGGGAGGGGGCGCGAGCGGAACCACGUUUUAUAAGGCUAUCCACCGGCCCGGCUAUUCAUCCAAGGCGUGGUGGCAGAGUGGUCUAAUGCGCAAGACUAGAAAUCUUGUUCCUUCGGGAGCGUCUGUUCGAAUCAGGCCCACGUCGGAAAUUUCCUUUUUUCAAUUUUACACUUUUUUUAUAACACAUCCCUUAUUUUUCUUGUUUUCAUCGAUUUUUUUCUUCGGGUAAACGUUAUGUUAUAGUCAAGUCAUGAAAACGAAAUACAUGGAUAUCUAGACGAGCUAAGUU